UUGUUGCUCAUGAAACUAUACAUGUCAGGAAAGACAUGUUACUUAUGCAGACGGGUAGAGAUCCAGCGAACCGGUUGGGAAGUAUGAAGGGAGUUGCCUCAGGACGAGAGCCGUCAAUAUUUCGAACAGAGGCUGUUCUUCUUGUUGCUCCUUAACUCAACUUCGUGUUACUUAUGUGUACAGUUGCAACCUGUCAAUUGUAAUGUUUUUAGAGUGCUUACAAAUGUGCCUUGUGGGUUUUAAAGUACUUCUAGAGCAUCACAUUAAGUACUGCAAGCGUUGGCAGUUGCAGAAAUGUUGUCUACCGUUGUCUUUGGCAGUUACAGAAAUCCAGGUGUAUGUGGUGCCUUACGCUGCCCAGGAUGUGCCUGUGGUAACUUUUACCUCACCCUUGUUCUAAGGGACACAGUGGGAACUUCUAAAAACCUCUAUGAACUGUAGUCAGUGAUUUUGCAGCGCUAAGGAAGAAAACAAAUUUUUAGAGCAAAAUUUAUUGUCGGCACCAAAAAAUCCUGCAGAUCCAGUGUAACACAGUAGCACGAAGUGUGUCCGAUACUCUUGCCAUUGUAAUUCAACUAAAAAUUAACUAUGGGAUUCGCAACAGUAGGUGGCAGAGGUCACCGUCUUGUUUACUAUUAGGGCUCCGAUUUCGCAGUGUUUUCAGUUGGCAUAUAGUUCGGGGUGUGUAGUUGAAUGUUAAAAUUUAUGGGAAAAUCGGAGUGCUUUGGAGUUUUCAUUCUUUGAAACCUCCGAAGACACAAUGAAAACUCUGGUAGAGACCACCCCAAGUUUUGCCCAAUGAGAACACCGGAAACCCGGUUCCCUGUUUAUUAUUUACAAUUGUUAUUGAGCCUUAUUUCAUUUCCGUCAUGUUCUCCUUUGAAGCUACUUUGAAGCUACGGUUGAGCUGAGGAUGAGUACUUUUUUAAAAUCAAAACGUUAACUCUUCACCUAAAAAAAAAAAAAAUGUUAUUCCAGUGUUGAGGGCCAACCAAUAUUCCCACACGACCUGUAUCCCACAUUGCAUGUUAGGUAACUGAGCUCACCUCACAGUGGCAUGCACUGACAAGUAAAAACAGGAUGCCUUGCGUCAGCUAGAAGCAACAUCUAAUACAGAAAAAGCGUCGUCUGCCAACUUGAAUCCCCUCAUGAUCCCCACGUGUUGCCUUGAUGCUGCCGAGCGAUGCCGUGCCGAUGCUCCCUGUUGUGCUGCCGGGCGGUCCAGAACCGCGCCGACAACGUCACCUUCCACCGCUUACCGGGGGAGGCAAAACGGAGGCAGCGGAGGGACUGGAUUCGAAUCAUUCGUUCUGUCAACGGUGAAGACUGGGAGCCGGCCGUGGGUACUCGUAUUUGCGGACGCCACUUUGUAACCGGCAAGCCAUCCAAAAGGCCAUUUGAGGCAGAUUUUGUCCCCAGCAAGAAUCUUUUCAAGACAGAACUUGCCCUGGAGGCUCUUGGGCGGGGACUGCAGCCUGAAGCGAUUGUGGUGAGCACACUUAUCUCCAUCAAUGACAAGCCUGUGGACAGCACCCUUCCUGCUUUACAAAGUAACCAUGCAAAAGCUGAGGAGCUUCUUACACCUGACCUUGCAGAACAAAGCACGAGAAGAAGUGCAACCAGCAUCUGCAUCAAGAAGGAGCCCACCGAUUCUUGUGGCUUGCCAGGAAAUGAUGACAACACUGAGGAGCUUAUAACAGGGGACCUCCCAGAUCCAGCCAUGGCUCUCAGUACAUGUCUAUUCCACAUAAAGAAAGAACCUAUAGACAUCGACUACCGUGGUGCAGAAGAAAAUUGCUCAGAUCCAACCACGCAUGGUGCAAGUACAUGUUACAGUUACAUCAAGAAAGAACCUGCCCAUGCUGACUCUCCUGAUUUGGUAGCAAAUUCUUCAGACACUCGGGGAAUCACAAGUGAACACAUGUCAGAAACAACGUUGUGCAAUGUGCUUCGCAUAAAACAAGAACCUUGCGAUACCUACGACUCUUCAUCUUCGAGUGACAGUCCAUCCCUAGCGGCACAAUCAAAGCCUGGUGCCGGCAUUGGCUGUGAGCGCACCAAAGUGACGCCAAAGCCUUUGGAUCACACUGCCCUGCAGGAGCAGCAAAGCGUCCACCAGAACCAUGGCCGAUUACCCGACACAUCACCCGAACUAGCAACACCUGUGUCGCUGAAGUGCAGCAUCUGUUCAACCGCAUUCCUUUUAACUCCCAGUUUGAAAACGCUCUUGAAUACGAGGGCGAGAGUGCUCAUGUGCAGCAGCUGCUUCGCGUCGUUUGUCAAGCAGCGUUGCCCAGCGGGACAAGCCACAGAGCCUUGCUCGGACGACCUCCAUUCCGCGCCGCCUUGUGCUCCUACCAAGCUGAAGAUCCUCCUGGAAACGGGACAGACGCCACACAAGUGUGCACGUUGUCCCGCUAGAUUCGUGAGCAGGUGUGACCUGAUUCAUCACAUGCGUACGCACACUAUUGGGAACCUGUUCAGGUGUGAAUUCUGCCCCGCAUUGUACGGCACAAGUGCCCAGCUGGAGCGUCACCUGUCCAAACACAUGACAGACUAGCCCUUCAUAUGUGACUCAGUGGUCAUCGAGCAACGCUGUAACAUAUUUUGUAUGUGAUCAUGGACCAUGAAUUUAAUGUGUGAACGCAGGAAUGCUGCAGGUGUACACUUAAAGUGUCGUGUUCUCGCGUGUGAAUGUGGUGAAUGAUCAUGCUCUUUAUUUUUAUCAAAAAAUACUGUUGACCACGA